AUGGAAGGAGAACCGGAUGCCUGGCCGUCGCGUGCGCAGGAGAAUGGAGGACAGAAUCCUGCCGGAUCUGAUAAGUUAGCAUGCCAUCGAUGCCGCCAGCGCAAGGUGAAAUGCGACCGGGAGAGCCCAUGCUCUCACUGUGUCAAGUCAGGGGCACAAUGCUCUUAUGCAACCUCCCCAAAACCUAGAGAAAGGCGGCAGAGGGUCAUGGUCUCGCAUACAUAUGAUUCCAAAUUGGAUGCAAUAUCGAGAAAAAUCGACGACCUCAGCCAGAGGAUGAGCCAGUUGACUCAUGAGCCGACUAGGAGUAGAGCCUCUAAACCUGAUUUUGCAGCCCCUGUCAAUAUCGAGCACGGCGAGUCAUCAUUCGGACUGACACCGCCACCGUCUUCACUCGGCUCUACGCCAAACCACGGGGCUCUGCCCUAUAAUCCUACUGGUGAGGGAAUCAGUGAAGUGAACUACGACACCUCCAAAGACGAAUACGAGGGCGAAUCGUCACUUUUUGCGCAUGCCGUCUUUGCCAGCCGAUUUCUGCAAAACGCCAUUAACAAUGCGACCAACGCCGAGGUCGCGCACGAAAUGGAACUCGCCCUUGAUAGGCUCAGGACUGCCGUUAAUUCAGGCAAGCAACAGUCCGAUACAAUCGAUAAGCUCUAUCCUCAUGCCAAAGCGAUCCCACCUGGCUCAUCAACUCGCAACCUUCCGUUGCCGCCAAUCGAAAAAGUGUUCAUGUGUUUGCGUAUGGCCAGGGAAAGCCAGCAAGUAGCGACGCUAUGGUUGGGAGACUAUAUUACGCCCACCCAAUUCAACGACUAUUUCAUCAAAAUUGCAUCACCUGGCCCAGCUACCGAGGCUGAAUUGAUAAUUGUUCAUUGCGGACUUUACUGGCUGUUCUGUGAAUGCUCCAAAGCCGUCACCAACGAUGAAAUUAAACAAGAAUAUGAUGCACAGGCCUUGGUAUGCAAGGCGAACCUAGACACUGUCCUUGCCAACCUUCGCUUCCAUCAGCCAACAAAUAUUGAUGUCGGCUAUGCGAUGGGUAUGGCGUCGCUGUAUUGCCUGCAGAAAAACAAGCCAUCUGCUGCGUGGAACUUCAUUAAUUCUGCUGCGCAUACAAUACAAGCUCUUGGGCUACAGCACAACGCGCCUGCUGGGGAGGGAACCGAAGAAAAGACCAGAAAGGGGAAUCUCUUCUGGGCUAUAUACAUGAGCGAGAAGACGCUGUCGUUACGGCUAGGUCGAUCGUCGACCUUCCGAGAUCAUGACAUUACCCUGACCCGGCCUGGCGUCGAGCGUCACGCUGGCAAUUUCUUGGGCGAGAUUGCUCUGUAUUGGAUUGACCUGUCCAGUAUACAGGGCCGAGUAUACGACGACAUUUACAGCCCAGGAGCUCUCAUGCAGCCACCGGACAUUAGGACAUCUCGUGCGCAGGCCCUUGCAGUUGAAAUGAAGAGACUUAUGAAAAAUGCGCACGACUUCCAUGAUUAUUACGAGUCAAGGAAAGGGCAUCUGUUGGGUCAGGACUUCCAUGAAAUAGCAAGACAUUCAGACCGAGUCAUCAGCCUUUGCAUUCUUACGCUCAUCUACCGAAGUAUCCCCCCGGAAAAGCCGUCGACAUCUGCAUUCUGUCAAGAAUGUAUUGACACCGCGAGAGAAACACUGCAAGAGCAUGACCGAUGCGUUGCCGCUAUAACAAAGGGGCGAGGCAAAACCGUAUUUCUUGAGGCGUAUAUUAACUGGACCAUCACUCAAUCUCCGUUCAUCCCCUUUAUUGUCCUAUUCUGUCACAUCAUCGAAACGUCCGAUGGUUCAGACCUAGAGCACAUGCGGGGCCUUGUCGAGAUGCUCGAGUCUACAUCAGAUACCAGUGCAUACAACACCUGCGAUAAGCAGCGCCGUCUCUUCAAGGCGCUGUACGACGUCGCGGCAAAGUAUGUUGAGGUGAAAGCCCGCACGGAUACUGCGCAAGCCGGGAUGUCCUGGUCGACGGCUAGGAAGCAGUAUGCCGAUGCAUUUGCCGGUACGGGCACGGUCUCGAGUGGCCCUGGGGUUGGUACAUUGGACCAGCAAAAUGCGGGAAAUGCCGCUGGGAACAUGACACUAUACGGCGAGGCAAGAGGGACUGGAACUGGCCUGAUGGAUGGGCUGGUGGCACCCGCGGCCUUACAAAAUCCGGCAUUUGGGGACGUGGACAUGGAGAUGGACCUUUCAGGCGCUGAACUCUGGGACUGGUUUAAUAAGAACCAGUCCAUCAUGAGGAUGCUUGAGGAUACAUAG